AUGUCAGAUCUCCAUCCUUCCCGACCGCUCAGCUUCUUCCUGAGAAGUUGGGCCGGACGAGGGAUCACCGGUGCUGCCUUGGGUCCCCUCGCCGACGAUCCUCGUUUCGUCAACGUCACUCCUUUGCCUUCGUCCGUGUACAGACCCCAGCUCCAGGAUCUAAUGCUCCUGUUGUUGGCUCCCUUCUGUUCGCACGCCGUCUACCUCUACAGCCAUGAGGACUUGCUGGAUUUAGUGGAUGCGUUCAACAAAUCUGUGGAAAUUUGUCGCCGUGAAUUGAUCGACGAGUACCACCGCCGUAUGCUGUUCACCAAUCUUGGCAACGCGAACUUCGUCCGUACCCAGCGCGGGUUCUUCCUGCUGGUGGAGUUGGAGAACCAGUGCAUCCUCCACAACUGGUUAUCAUUGCUCGGAAUUGCCAGGCCCGUCUUCCAGGAUGAACCUGACCUUGCUAACCUCGACUUGCUCUAUACCCCUAUCCAGCCUCGUCCCCAGGCUCCUUCUCAGUCUACUCAGGCUCCACCACACCAACCUGUUCCAUGUCCUUCUCAACCCGAGUACACGUUCUACGGCUGA